AUGGGAAACGACGGAGGCUCCAUUCCCAAGCGCCGUGAGCUCGUAAAGUCAGCAGCCCGCCUCCCGACAGUGUCGGAGCUCAAAGCGACCGCCCUCGAGGCUUUGACCCACGCCUGGCAGACGGACCCCAUCAGCGGCAAUGCGCUUGACCUAGACGCCGUCGUUUCCGACUGGCGUGGGAGGCUGUUCAACUACGAAACGGUUUUAGAAGGACUCCUGCCCAGCGCUGCUGCUGCGAACGGCCACGCAGCUGAGACAGAAGAAGAUGGUGAGUCUCCAGCAGACGGCAUAUUGACGGUGGCUGCUGUGGGGAUCCGAUCAGUGCGCGACAUUGUACGUCUUCAGUGUCAUCGCGUAUCCAAGCUGCAGGAUUCUUUAUGGCAGUGUCCUGUCACCCUGAAAGAGCUCGGCUCAAACACAAAGGCUGUAUAUAUAGUGCCCUGUGGGCAUGUCUUCGCCGAGGCCGCUGUCGACAAGAUCCUACCGGACAAGUUGUGCCCAGAGUGCAGCUUGGAAUUUGCAGAGGAGAACGUCAUUCCCAUCCUACCGAUUGACGACGCGGAACUGGAAAGGCUGCGAAAGCGCAUGGAAAAGCUGCGGGCAGAAGGCUUGGCGCACAACUUAAAAAAGGAGAAGAGCCAGCACCAUGGCGACAAGAAGAAGAGUAAGAAAAGAAAAACAGAGCAUGAGGUCGAUGCCAAACACGAAGCAGGUGGUAAAGGUGGCAGUGGCACGCCAAACGCGGACGGAGACGGCGCCGCUGCCAAAAAGAGGACGGAAAAGACAAAUCAGAGCAGCAAGAACGGCAGGGAUAACCGUAUCAGCGGCAUCAACAACGAGCUGGCAGCAUCGCUCACAGCAAAGGUUCUUGCUGAGCAAGACAGGCUGCAGAAGCGCAGAAAGUUGGCUGAAGCGAGGUAA